CCUGACAUGUGGCCCUCACGGGGAGCUGUGGCAUUUGCGUUCGGCCACACACACUCUUCCUUGCGCACAUACAUAUUUGCACACACCUUAGUACCAAGCUAGUCUGCUUCAACUGACUGCCGAAGGUCCCAGAGUAGACUUUUAGGACGGGAGGAAAGUUUGAGGGGUUUUUGCAAACUUAGUGAGUAGGACGUAGUGCUGGUAGAUAGUGCAGGUGUAAGGCGACAAAGAGGUUUAUUAGAAGAGAGCUGGGAAAAGUUGCUUGCAAGUUGGAGUUGGUCCACUUUGAUCGUUGGGUGUCUGCUGUCAUUCAAUUCUUUAUAUAGUGCUUUAUUUUUAUCCUGGGACAUCGUUCUUGCACAUCGGACCACACCGUUUGUGUGCUCUUCAAAUCUCCAUCUGCAAGUAAACGUGUGCAUAUUCAUCGCUGUUUUCUUGAAACCGAGCCAUGGCCGACACAGACUUCAAACUGGAGCGCGCCGUCUACGCCGAAGUCUCUGAUGACGACGAAGAGGCCGCCUUAGUGGCGCCUGCUUCCAAACCUGCCAAAUCUGCCAAGGUGUUAACCUCAAAACGUGGCGAUGAUGACGACGACGACGAUAACUCGGCAAAGGAGGUGAACCUGGUUUUGGGACCGGGGCUUGAUGGAGGUGGCAGUGGUGAUGUUGAGAAGUCAGAGGCCCAGGCUACAGGAAUGAUGGUUCUGGCACUCCUAGAUAAAAUCAUAGGUGUGGUGGAUCAAAUCCAGCAGACUCAGACAGAUCUGGAGGCCAGGCAGGAGAUCAUGGAGAAGAAAAUGAGCAGCAUCCAGACAGACCUGACCAAGCUGGGGAAGAGCCACGUUGGAACGGCCGGGACGGUCAACAAGCUGCUGGACAAGGUGCGCAAGGUAAACGUCAACGUGAAGAGCGUGCGCACGGACUUGGAGAAGCAGGUAGGACAAAUCAAAAAGUUGGAGAACAACGAACACGAGCUCCUGAAGAGGAAGAACUUCAAAGUGCUCAUCUUCCAGGACAAGGAGAAACCUGUGAAAGUCUCUAAGAAGCUGGUUAUAGAGGAAGGUGAGCAGGUGCUGAGUGAAGAUGGAGAAGAAGCCGAGGAAGAAGUGGAGAUUGAAGAGAUCAUUGAGGAAUCUCGUGCCGAGCGCAUCAAACGCAGCGGCCUGCAGAAGGUCGACGAUAUAAAGAAGGCCUUCAGCAAGGAGCAGAUGGAAAUAAACAAACAAAAAACCAAGGAGAACCUGGAGAAAACCAGACAGAGAACUAAAGAGAACCUGGAGAAAACGCGUCAAAGAACCCGAGAGAACCUGGCGAAGACCAGGAAGACCUUGGGUAAAAAGAUGGGGAGGCUGAGAACAAGGAUCACGCCUAGCGCCGAGCGCCGCGAGAGAAUCCGUAGCUCCAGGGAGAAGAUGAAAAAGUCAUUAUCGCCUGAUCACACUGUUUACGCCCGCUCCAAAAUAACCACCUACCGCGUGCCGCCGUUCACCUUCUACGUGAAGAAGGACCGCGGGGGUGAGAUUGAGCCCACACCGGAGCCUGACCCAGAGGAACAGGCGGAGCAGCAUGAGGAGGUCCAGGGCAGUCUUGCGGUGGAGGAAGGAGUGACAAAGGUGGAGGAAGGUGAACUGGUCAAUCUGGACAGCCCAGAAAUGGAGGCCUUGCUAGAGGCAGCUGAUCACUCACGGCUGGUGAUACAGGAUACGGUGAGACCCAGGGAAAAAGCAGGCCAGUAAAUCCGGGCCGUUGAGGAAAAGCUCAACGUUGAUAUGCGGUGUGGAGGUCUGGAGAUGAGCAAGAAUAAAUGGAUGUAGGGAAUUGGGAAGUGCUUGAUGAUGGAUUAAGAAGGCAACGCAAUGUGGAAUAGACUUGACCUCUAGCUGAACAUUUUCUUGGUUUGUUUCUUUUAUCUAUUAAACCCCAAGUUUGUGAUUUUUUUCCUUCAGAUGUCAAUUUUUAAAAUUGAUGAAUGGUCUCAUUUUAUUGUGUUAAAAUUGUACUCCAAGUACUUCAAAAAG